UUGACAUUUCAAACUAUUGCUGUACUCCUUCGUCUCACCGGCCAAUUACAGAUCUGACACAGUUCCAACUCAGGAGACAGAAAGGACUGCAGGAAAAAAAAAACGCGAUGGCCAGUACAAUCCUCCCCCUCGAACUUGUCGACAGAUGUAUCGGCUCCCCUAUCUGGGUCUUGAUGAAGAAUGAACGAGAGUUUACUGGGACUUUGAUGGGUUUCGAUGACUAUGUUAACAUGGUUUUGAAAGAUGUCAAGGAAUACGAAGUUACUGCUUCGGGAAUCACAGAGACCGAUCUUGGGGAUACUUUGUUAAACGGGAACAACAUCGCCAUGCUUAUACCAGGUGGCAAGGGACCCAAGGCUUAGAUCCUAUCCAUCCAUCCAUCUCCCGACAAAUACAAAUACAACAAAUCAUAAAACACCAACCACUAUUAUGAAUAUCGAGAUGAAGAUGAAGGUGCUGAGGCAGAGGGACAAUACGGGACGGAAAAGGAGUGAUGUUGAUGUGGCAGGAUACCGUCGGCAGUUAUGGAUCGAGAUUGGUCUGGGAUGAGCAGGUGUAGGUCAGAUGUAGAUUAGGGAAUGAAAAGGGGUGGGGUACAUUUUGGGAAGACGAAGAUGGAGAGAGGAGUGGGAACACGAGAGUUAGAUGCAGGAUUCUAGACCCUAUAGAGGGGAGGUUCCGAAAGAGGAAGAAAGCUUGGGAGUUGUAAAUUUCAUAAUUUCAAGCGAAAACGGAAAUUAUAUAUCAUGCAAGCGGGAUCGUUCCUG